AUGCCUGACUUCAGGAUUGCCGCCGCUCUGGAAGGCCAUAGCGAUGAUGUUCGCGCUGUGGCCUUUCCAGAUGCCAAAAAGGCUCUGACAGCUUCCAGAGAUGCAACCGUUCGUCUCUGGAAUCUUGUUUCAACACCACCGCCCACCUUUGACUAUACGAUUGCUGCCCACGGAUCUGCCUUUAUCAACUCCCUAGCGUUCUACCCUCCCACUAAAGAUUACCCCGAAGGCCUCAUAUUCUCCGGAGGUCAGGAUACCAUUAUUGAAGCCAGACAGCUUGGUCGACCCGCUGAAGCUGACGCCGAAGCAUUGCUUCUCGGACACGCUCAUAACGUAUGCAGCAUCGAUGUCUGCCCGGAGGGAGGAUGGAUUGUAAGCGGGAGCUGGGACUCAUCUGCGCGUCUCUGGACAGUUGGAAAAUGGGAAUGUGAUACUGUCCUCGAAGGCCACAAUGGCAGCGUGUGGGCUGUUCUAGCAUUUGACAAGAAUACAAUCAUCACUGGUUGCGCCGACAAAAUUAUUCGAGUGUUUAAUAGGGCAGGGCGACUGCAAGGAAGCAUACAAGGCUCUGGAGACGUCAUUCGUGCCCUCUGCAAACUCCCUGAUAGCCAUCCAUCCGGUGCACACAUAGCAUCCGCAGGAAAUGACGGUAUUAUACGAUUGUGGGCUAUCCAUGGACAGCAAGUUGCCCAAUUACACGGGCAUGAGAGCUUCAUAUACUCGUUGGCAGUUCUUCCAUCGGGAGAGCUAGUCAGCUCGGGUGAAGAUCGUACGGUGAGAGUAUGGCAAGGAACCCAAUGUGUUCAAACAAUCACACAUCCGGCCAUCUCUGUAUGGAGUGUCGCCGUCUGUCGGCAGACUGGUGACAUCAUCACAGGCGCAAGUGAUAGAGUAGCACGGGUUUUUAGCCGGGUCCCGGAACGGCAAGGCGAUGAAUCUAUGAUUCAGCAGUUCGAAAGCGCAGUCAAGGGAUCUUCUAUUCCACAAGAGCAAGUCGGAAAAGUAAAUAAGGAGCAACUCCCCGGUCCAGAUUUUCUGAAGCAGAAGAUGGGGACUAGGGAGGGACAAGUACAAAUGAUCCGAGAGGAUGACGGAAGCGUUACUGCACAUACUUGGUCUUCUGCAAGACGCGAAUGGAUUGCUGUUGGAACUGUUGUUGACUCCGUUGGCAGCAGUGGCAGGAAAGUGGAAUACCAGGGCCAGGAUUAUGAUUAUGUUUUCGAUGUCGACAUAGAAGAUGGGAAACCACCACUCAAACUUCCUUACAACCUAUCUCAGAACCCAUAUGAUGCUGCUACGAAGUUCAUACACGGUCAUCAACUGCCAGUGACCUACUUAGACCAAGUGGCCAACUUUAUCAUGACCAACACUCAAGGCGCCACGAUCGGCUCUUCCACCCAGACUCCUGCGAAUACCGGAACUGAUUCUCAGCCACCAUCUACACCCCCCACAUCCCGACCCAAAGUCCUACCCCAAACAUCAUAUCUCUCCAUCAAAACGGCGAAUUUGAAGGCGAUACAGAAGAAAAUCGGAGAGCUAAAUGCUCAGUUGGUAUCUAGUGGAUCAAAGGACCUCUCCCUCAGCCCGUCUGAUCUGGAAACGGUCGUGAAGCUGUGUGGUCAGUUGGAGCAAAACCCAAACUUGAAAGAUUCUUCGAUCCUCGAGGCUGCAUUGCCCUUGGUUGUUAAGGCUGCUACUGCCUGGCCUUCCACCAGUCGCUUACCAGCACUUGAUCUUUUGCGGCUUCUCGCCGCCGCUUCCCCAAUGACAGCCACGGAAGGAUACAGCGGAGGUAACUUAGUGCAAACCGUGAUCUCGAGCGGAAUUUUUGACCCUCCUCUAAAUUCGAAUAAUGCCAUGUUAGCAGUGCGGAUGUUGGCAAACCUCUUUGAAACCGAGGCAGGUCAAGAACUUGUAAUAUCUGAUUUCGAAGAGAUAACUUCACGGAUCAGCUCGGUCCUUUCAGACCCCGGAGCCAGUGCUAAUCGCAACCUUAUAAUUGCUGUUGCAACGCUGUACAUUAAUAUAGCGGUUUUCCUCAGCGCUGCGGGACGAUCGGUGACCUCUGAAUCCGCGGAAUAUGGUCUCAUGCUUUUAGACCAGUUGACAAAAAUCGUUUCCAAGGAAAAGGAUUCUGAAGCUGUUUAUCGUGGCCUGGUGGCUCUUGGGACGCUGGUGAUUUCAUUGGAAAAUGAGGUGAUGACAGCGGCCAAAGAAAUUUAUGACAUUGAGAAGACUCUGGCUACAGUUUUGAACACUGCUGCUGGAAAGGAGCCACGAGUCAAAGGAGUGGUUGGCGAAAUCAAAGAUGCUCUGUAA